CUAGUAUAUAUGUAUAUAUCAGUUUCAAUACGUUCAAAAAGUUAUUCCAAUUCUAAUUCUACAUUGCUUGUUGGGGGAGCAGGUGAAGAGACGAUUUGAAAGCGGAAAGAACCUUCGACGUUGGCCGAACUACAAAUUCAAAAUCAACAAGUCUAAAUCAAAAUAAUAUUUAUAUAUACUUUUUAAAUCAAUUGCAAUCCCAAUUUCAUUCUUCUGAAAACCCUAAUUCUCCAUCUUCAACAUCUGCAUUAGGGUUUCCUUUCAGUCUCCCAAAACCAAUCACAGCCAUGGAAGAUAACUGUGCCGUCUGCGCUGACACUCUCGAGUGGGUUGCCUAUGGGCCCUGUGGACAUCGGGAGGUUUGCUCCACCUGCGUUGUUCGCCUCCGCAUCGUAUGCGAGGAUCGCCGCUGCUGCAUCUGCAAGAACGAGUCCGAUGUCGUUUUUGUCACUAAGGCUUUGGGAGACUAUACUACGAUGAUUAACGACUUCUCGCUAUUGCCAUCGGAAGUAAGGGAGGGUCGUAUGGGUCCAUACUGGUACCAUGAGGACACGCAAGCGUUUUUUGAUGAUGCUGAUCACUACAAGAUGAUUAGAGCAAUGUGCAAGCUUUCAUGCAGCGUAUGUGAUAAGAUGGAGGAACAGUUAAACGAUGUUUCAAAGCGUCGCCGUGCAAGGUUUCGUAGUAUUGAACAGCUGAAGGGUCAUUUGUUCCAUAAGCAUAGGCUGUCUAUGUGCAAUUUAUGCUUGGAAGGAAGGAAGGCGUUUAUUUGCGAACAAAAACUAUAUACUAGGGAACAACUGAAACAACAUACAAGCACUGGUGACUCUGAAGUGGAUGGAACUGAGAGUGAAAGAGGUGGAUUUUCUGGGCAUCCUCCGUGUGAUUUCUGCAAAACUCCAUUUUAUGGGAACAAUGAGCUUUACUCCCAUAUGUCUACUGAGCACUUUCAAUGCCAUAUAUGUAAAAGACAGCAUCCUGAAAAUGACGACUAUUACAAGAAUUAUGAUGACUUGGAGAUGCACUUCCGUCAUUCCCAUUUUCUAUGUGAAGAUGAAGCUUGUCUUGCAAAAAAAUUUAUAGUCUUUCAGUCUGAAGCUGAAAUGAAGAGGCACAAUACUGUUGAACAUGGAGGGCGUAUGUCUCGUUCUAAGCGUAACGCUGCUCUACAGAUACCAACGAGUUUUAGAUAUCGACAAAAUAGCGAACAAGAUCACCGCAGAGGAGGAGGAAGAGGAAGAGGAAGGGGAUUUGGCAGAGGAAGGAUGUUUCGUCGUGAUUUUUCAGAUGAACAACUUUCUUUGGCCAUUGAGGCAAGUCUGGAGACAUCUAUAACAGAAAGCAGCACAUUAGAUGAUCCAACAUUGUCCAGUGGGCAAGCUGCCACUGGUAUUGGAGAUGCAAGUGAUAUAGACUCAAUCAUUCAGCCAUUUGAAUCAUUAGAAGCUGCUGAUUCUGAAAAAUCAUAUCGAUAUCUUCAAGCAUUGGGGCAGCACUCCUUAAUAAAACCAUUGGAAGAAUCUGCAUUUCCUCCUCUGUCAACAGCACCUGGAACCAGUCAAUCUAAACCCAACUCAGAUGGUUUACCAAAUAAGACUAUGGCAUCUCAUCUACGGCGUCAAAGCAACCACAAAGUGACUGUUCUCAAUUCAGGCCAAGCUUGGCCAGCAGCUAAUCGUGGACCUCAAGUACCGCCUAAUAAUUCAUCUCAAGCAUGGCCUAUAAUGAAUACUACGGGAAACUCGGUUAGUUUUAGCCAGAACAAGAUGUCCACCAGUAAUGCACCUGGUCCAUCAACUUAUGCAAAUUCCGCCCAAACUCGAUCCACUGCAGGUCAUGGACUGCAUUCAACUAGUUCAACGAGGGAUGCAGGUAACCUUGGUAGGAUCAGUCACUCUUCUGCUCCUAAUCUGGUUCAGAAUGGGUCUACUGAGCCUUCUAGUUCCAUUUCAGAUUUUCCUCCAAUUUCUGCAGCUGCACAUACUCGUAAAUUGCCAACAAGUACCCAGCCGAUACAGAUAUCAGAGAAAGUUAACAUUGCAAAUAAGUCUUUAGUGGAAAAGAUUCGGAGUGCUCUUGAGUAUGAUGAAGACAAGUAUGCUAUGUUUAAGGAAAUAUCUGGACAGUAUCGGCAGGGUUUAAUGGACUCAGAUUUAUACAUUAGUUAUGUAGCGCAAUUUGGCCUGUUGGAUCUUGUCCUUGAUUUAGCUAGGUUGUGUCCCGAUGCACAUAAACAGAAAGAGCUUAUUGAGGCCUACAAUGCUAGUGUUCGAAGCAAUAUUAAGGGCGGGAAUCAUAUGGCUUCUGGUGGAAAUGGGCGCAUGAAAGAGAGUAACAGUUCUAAUAAAGGUAAAGGAAAGUGUUUAGACAAUGAAGAUAAUUCAAAAUCUACAAUAGCGGAUGACUUUAUAAACACUGUGAGGAAACUUCAAAGUAACGACAAGCCUUUAGAGGAGCAUGUAGAGGUGUUAUCAAAAGAUGGGUAUCGUGCUGCCAAAGGCAAAUCAAAACUGACAAACAAUGACCAACAGGAGGAAUUCUUAAAUAAUAAUAAAAAAUCAGAGGAAUUGAAGGAUCUGGUAUCAACUGGUACUGGAAAAUCAGAGGAUGUAAGUGGGAGUAAGCAACGCAAGAAAACUUCGAAAUUCCUCAGAGUUAGGCUCGGUGAUGGUUCAGCGGCGGCACUUUUGGAUCUGAAUAAAUCUGAUCAAGGCCCAGCAGAAGAGGCGUUGGUUGGGAACAACAACUCUGGUCGUGGGUUGCCUGUUCGUGGUGUUUGGCGAAAUGGAGGCCAAAAGCUGUUUCCUUAGCUUUUUUCAGAUGAAAGAGAAAUCUUAGAAAAGAAAUAGUUUAGUUCUGCUGUUGAUCUUUUGAAAGUGGCAGGGGUGGAUCUUCACCUGAUCUAUGGGGUCAGUUGUAUCUAGGUUGAUUUCAGUCAGUUUGACCUCUUGCACGAGGCCUUUGUGUGGCGUAGUAAAUUUGUUAUUUUUUUGGGUUGGGGAACAGGUUUUUGCUUAAAUACGGGUUACUGUUGUACUUGACCAGCCUUUUGUCAUUAAUAACUGUUUAUAUGAUACUUUCUAAUGAGAAUACAUUACUGUUAAAUGUUUUGAAUUAA